UGGCCCAAAAAAAAAAAAAAAGAACGAGCACUCCACAAUUGGUCGAGCUCGCCGUCCGCCGUUGUCAGCCCUGCGUGGUUGUUCUCGUGAAAGCAUUGAAGAACUUUCGGAUCCUAGGUCUUGUCUACUCCCAAAUCCGUUGGCCGGGAAUUCAUAAUGCUCGAGGACUAGUCAAUAUAUUGAUGGAGAUGCUUAAUGCCUUGGAUCCUAAUAAUCCUGAGAUUGAAGAGAAAAAGCAGGCUGCUGCUGACGUUUUAUUUCAAUACUCAAAAUUUGUGAUGGCAUGCAUAGGGAAUCGGGUUCGUCCCUGUGAUAUGAGGUUACAUUUGAUGAAGGAGAUUUCGGGUAUGCCAACUUCUCUAAAGAGGGAGUCACCGCAGGCUGCAGUGUCUCCUGAUGCAAUGGGUGAGUCAUCAAGCUCUGGUACAGCUAGACUAGGAUGAUGCAGCCAAUUUUCGUACACUUGGCAUAGAAAGCCCAUCUCAAAAAUAUAAAUAUAUCGCUCAGUUGCUUAAACUGAUACCGUAGCUAGUAUGUAGAAUUAUCUCAAAAAUAUAAAUAUUAGUGUGCUGGCAUUUUAUUAGAGGGGUGGUUAAUUCAACUUGUGUGUAACUUGAAAGUUUGAUUUCAGAGGGACAUGUUGUAAUGUGUAGCUCACAUUAUGGCUAUUGAUAUUAGCUAAUUUUAACUAUUCUAUGAUCA